AUGACCCAGGAGGAGAGCGGAGCCAACCAUGUGUAUGCUUCUGUCACCCCAGAUAUCCAUGUUGCACAGCCCAGGUACUCUGUGGUCUCUGAAAGUCAGGGGAAGCCUUCAGGAAUGACUGCUUACCCAGCCUCAUCAACAGGAAUCCAGUGUGGUACAGGAAGAACAAACUUACAAAGCCCACUCAUAGUGAGCCAGAACCCAGCAGGAGUGACAGGUGCACAAAGUCAGCCCACUGGGCUCCAGGCUCCAACAGGAAUGGCCAGUUCACAGACUGCACUCGGAGUGAUCCAAUACUCAGUGGGAAUGACAAACUCCCAGACCCUGCCUGGAAACCCUCAGAAUCCUCUGAACACUAUCCCUGGGCCAACGCAGACAUCAAACCAGUUCCAAAGGAAUAUAUCAUUUACUACAUUUGAUCCCAAGAAAUUCAUAAAUGAGGAGGUCAGGACAUUAGGGGCCAUCCAGAUCCUCAUUGGCCUGGUGCAUAUUUUCUCUGCAAUCAAUCCUAUUCUGUAUGAGGGUAUUUCUGUGACCGGGAUAUCAGGGUACCCGAUCUGGGGAGGCAUAUCUUUUAUUGUAUCUGGAUCCCUCUCCAUAUGGGCUGAAAAGGAUCCCAGCACUUGUAUGGUGAAUGGCAGCAUCGGUAUGAACAUCGUCAGUGCCAUCUUCGCCCUGGUUGGGAUCAUCAUUAUCCUUGCAGAUGUGAGCAGCUACAUCUCUCAAAUUUCUAAUGUGCCAGAGCGUUAUGUGAAGGCCAUACCUGGUGGUCUCCUCCCCUUUGCCUUCCUCGAGUUCAUCCUCACCUGUGUGGCCUCACAUUUUGGGUGCCAGGCUGUCUGCUGGACCCAUUUUGAGUUCACCCUCCUGAGCCUCUUCACAGGAUAG